AUGAAAAAGGUCUAUAAGGGUGACUUUGGUGGUGCCAGGUUAUUGAUCCGAUGUAUUAAUUCAGUGUAUGGGAAUGGUGACAACUAUGCUAUAUAUCAUCCCACGGAUAACAAGCUCCUGUCUUUACCUGAAGAGACCUUUGAAGAGGCUCUCCCAAAGGUUGUUGCUAGGCGAAUCCUUGAGCAACUUUCGGAGAAAGAAUUUGAGUGCCCUGGAAAUUAUGACUAUAUGGAUGGCCUGGGCCACUUCCUAUCACGAACUGGCAAUUGCGAGCCAUUCGAUGACGGUGCUGAUGGGCAUUGCCGUGGUGAAGAUAUGGAAACAUUGAUCUUGAAGAGAUACGAGGACGCUAACGCAGACAAAGAUCCUUUUAUCCGUACCAUGCAUCUCAAUGUAACCGAAAUCAUAUAA